UAAAGCCACUAGCUCAAAGUAGGCUGGGUGACCUCAGAUGGCUCCUCUGGGACUAGAGGGGCAUUGGAGCCACCGGAGAAAAUGACACUGUCACUACCAACUCAAAAGGCCACCUAUUAAAGUGUCACAUGCCACCCAUGGAGCACGAGCAUGCACACACACACACACACAUACACUCUUGCACGUGUAUACAUGUGUAUACUUCCCCCAGGGGCUGAAGCCAAGACAGGCAUCCCACAUCAGAUGGAUGAAUAGCAGGUCUGUCCUGCCAGCUGUGUGCUCUCUCCCGCCCACCCCCCCACUCCGCCAAAAAAAAGCAGUAGAGACUCAGACAGCAAAGCCUGGAGUAGCCCACACAGUCUGUUACCGGCACCCAGUUCAUGCAAAGGCACUUCAGGGCAGCAAGAUGGAAUCAGAAAGAGAAAUCAUCAACCUUCAACCUGCGACACCCAACCCCAGGAGGAGCCAGCCCAUCAACCUGAACCAUUACGCCACCAAGAAGAGCGUGGCAGAGAGCAUGCUGGACGUGGCUCUCUUCAUGUCCAACGCCAUGCGGCUGAAAGCGGUGCUGGAGCAGGGGCCGUCCUCUCAGUACUAUACCACCCUCGUCACCCUCAUCAGCAUCUCUCUGCUCCUGCAGGUCGUCAUCGGAAUCCUCCUCGUGGUCAUUGCACGGCUGAACCUCAAUGAGGUAGAAAAGCAGUGGCAACUAAACCAGCUCAACAAUGCUGCCACCACCUUGGUCUUCAUCACCGUCGUCAUCAAUGUCUUCAUUACAGCCUUCGGGGCACAUAAGACAGGGUUCUUGGCGGCCAGGACCUCAAGGAAUCCUGUCUGAACUCAGCUUGGGACCCAGGU